AUGGACUCCGAUCCACCUCUCCCCAUCCCGAUCUCCUACAUAUCUCAUAGAUACCUCCUCUUCUCCAUUGACGCCGUGACCUACCUCAGACGCGAGCAUCACAUCUGCGGCGUGCUGAUCGGGACGCUGCCGCAGAUCCCCCAACAGAAUGUGUUUCUGGGUCUGCCGCUCGAGCUGAUGCCCGAAGAGGCGCGGUUGUUGGUGGACAAAGGUGUAGCGUGCAUCGUAGACGAAGCCAAGGCCCACGGCGGUAUGCGGUCCCUUCUAGAGGAGGACCGCGCGCGCUAUCUGCGUGAUCUAGAAUCCCAGGGCCAGCAUGCGAUGCGCCUGCAGUCCGACCGGAAGGAGCAGAAGCGCGAGGAGGCGUUGAAGAAACUAGAUGAGAAGAAAGCGGCCAAGGCGCGCGGUUCCCCGUCGGCAUCGGCACCGACCGAAUCCUCGGCGGCCAUUGUGGAUAUCUUCAACUCCGAACGGAGCAACAGCAGCACUUCCCGAGAUACUUCAGCUGCAACCGCUUCCUCCAGAAUGGGCAUCACACCUGCCACAUCCUACCCGCCCCUCCCUCCGCCCUCUUCUACUCUUCACCUCCCACCACCCUCCGUCCCGGCCUCAUACCCUCUCUUCGCGCACUUGCAUGCACGCGGCUACUUCCUUUCGCCGGGCCUCCGCUUCGGAUGUAAUUACAUGGCUUAUCCUGGAGACUCGCUGCGCUUCCAUGCACAUUUUCUUGUCGUGUCCUAUGAUUGGGAUGAGGAGAUUGACCUCAUGGAUGUUGUUGCCGGCGGCAGAUUGGGAACCGGUGUCAAGAAAGGGUUCCUUCUUGGUGGAGCCGAGAAGUCCAAACAGGAGGUGGAGAGCGAGGCGGAUCGUGUGGACAGCGUGAGAGCUUUUAGCAUUGAAUGGGCCGGGAUGUGA